CAUCUGUGUAGCUUUCCUUCUCCGUUUUGCCCUAAUUGCUUUCAAUUUCAUUCAAUCUGCCCGUAAAUUUUGUGCUUUUUACGACAAUGAAGAAGCGCACCGGAGAAGAUGAAGUUCAGGAUCGCCCAAAAUCGGCAUUCAUGAUGAGCAGGAAACACAAAAACAUGAAACGGUUGGGAGGGAAGGGCCAUUCGCUUGAGGCGUUUGCCAAUGUGAAAUCAACUACCGACUACUAUAACCCAGCUUUAAUAAAAAAGCAAAGAGAGUUCUAUAAGAAUGCUAAACAUGUCAGCAAGUAUAAGAAGUUAGUAAAGCAUCAGAAUCACCACAAUGAGAGGCCCUCUAGCUCUACUGCUGGACUUGUCGAGGGUGAAAAUGGAACGAAAUUGGAGAAUCAGACGAACAGUAGACGUGGGAAAGAAAGGAAUAAAGGCAUACCUAGUCUCCAGGAACUGUAUGAGAGAAAGCAUCAAGAGAAAGAGAAAGCAAGAAUGGAGAAAGAAGCUAUUAUCGCUGCAAAAAAGGAGGAACAAGAAAGGGCUAAAGCUAGACGAAAUGCCACGAGAGAAAAAAUGCUCAAGAGGACGCAAAAAGGUCAGCCAGUUAUGAAGUACCGAAUUGAGCAUCUUUUGAAAACUAUUGGAGCCUCAAUGAACCAAUGAAGAGGCCUUCGGUUGUUUUGACUGGACUUUGUGGAAAAGGCUUUUGUCUGCUUUAGGAUGUAUAUUUCCUUAUGCCUUUUAGUUUACUUCAUUACAUUAUCUAAAUGAUCCAUAUGCGUUAUACUAUUGUAUUGCCGUCC